UCUCCACAUUCUCCUUCAGUCAGUCAGUCAGUCAGUCAGUCUGCUACACAGCCGUAUGAAAAAACAUCGCAAAGACGAGGAAUGUCUCCGUUUAAAUGUGUUCAUAUGAACAUCCGCUGCUGAACGAUGUAACUGAAGCAGAGCUGGUGUGUGGAGCCGAAACACAGAGCUUCAGACAUUCAUCGACGUGAAUGCGAGACAUCCACAUCCUGCCAGCGUGGAGAGGAUGAGGAGGGUCUUCAUGCCCACAUCGAUGCUCCUUCUGAGCUGUUUCGGGGUGUCGUGGGUCUUGGCUGACAGUUUGGCUGCUCCGGUGAACGUGUCCAUCAGAGAUUUAAAGGGCAGCUCAGCUGUGGUGACAUGGGACACCCCGGACGGAGAGCCAGUCAUCGGCUUUGCCAUCACACAACAGAAAAAAGACGUUCGCAUGCUGCGCUUUAUCCAAGAAGUGAACACUACCACGAGGAGCUGUGCGUUGUGGGAUCUGGAGGCAGAUACAGACUAUAUUGUGCACGUUCAGUCUAUCAGUAUAAGCGGACCGAGUCCCCUCAGUGAACCGCUGCAUUUCAAAACCCCCAAAGAAGCAGAAACACAGGCCUCUAAGAGCAAAGACGAAGUCACCAUGGAGGAAGUUGGGCAGAACGCUCAGCUCAGGGCAGGAGAGAUCAUCAUCAUUGUGGUGGUUCUGAUCAUGUGGGCAGGUGUGAUCGCGCUCUUCUGCCGCCAGUAUGACAUCAUCAAAGACAACGAGCCAAACAAUAACAAGGACAAAGCCAAGAACUCGUCAGAAUGCAGUACCCCUGAGCAUCCAUCAGGGGGCCUGCUGCGCAGUAAGGUAUAACCACCACCCUAUGAGAGACAGACCACACUGGACAGUUCCCCAAGAACAACAACAACAACCAUAGAACGCCAUCUGUGAACAUUAUCAAAGUGUGACAGGAAUUGUUAGGAGUUUCAAAGGAUUCUGCUUUUACCGUGGGGCUUCAGAACGCCGCAUGUGCUCAUCCUCAAAACAGAAACCAGGAGUUUUGGAAGAUUCCCGAUGACAGCUGGGAUGAUCCUGCGGGCACAGCGAGGAUCUCCAGCAGUUCGGAGACGAGGCCAAAUCCGAGGCUGUUCGGGGACUGGAGAAAGGCCUCUGAAAUAAAAGCAGGGGGGAAAAGACCCUCUUCUUUAUCACUUUACAAACAACUGAGAUGCGCACGCAUUCAGAACCACUCUUUUAAACUGGAAAACAUUGAGCCUUGCUUCUUUCUCUGGUUUUCUCAAAUGGCAUGAUCCACAUUCUGCUAUCCAAUGCUGAUGAAGGCUUUUAUAGUAAAGUACAUCUGUAGGAAGCAACUGGGGUUCAAAUGUCUGAAACCACAUUUAAAAUACCAGAUAAAUCUGGAAAUAAAGUUGAAAUAACUCAAAGUUAUAAUGAAGUGAAUGAGAAAUAUUUAAGAUUCUGAACAAUUCCUAGACAGAUUUGUGAUAUUAAUCAUGAGGAGACAGUCAGAUUUGACUUACAUUGAAGCUCAGUGUUAUUAUUAUUAAGUAAAAAACUAUUAAAGUAGCGUCAGUUCUGGCAGGUCACUUUAGACUAGUUCUGUUAACCCUAAGGGUUAUUUUAUUAAUUAACAAUAAUUCAUUAAUUUGACGAUAGUGGUCCUGACAGAAAUAACACUGAUCAAUAUUAUCAAACCAUUCUGGAGAAUAUGGAAUUUAAUAAAUAA